AUGCAAGCUUUGGCUGAGAGUGUGCAGAGUGAAAAUCUCAAGCUUACUGCUUUGUUAGCCAAGCAAGAGCAAACGCAGCGUGAAAUCAGUGCUUUAGGGGCAGUUAAUCUGGCGGCGCUUGAGGAGCUUGGCGCUGCGCGCGAACGCAAAGAGUUUUUAGAGGCCCAAAACCAAGAUUUAACCCAUGCUAUUCAAACACUUGAAGACGCUAUUGCCAAAAUUGACGCCCAAACCCGUGAGCUUCUUGGUAACACAUUUGACACCGUAAAUCGCUAUUUUGGCGAGCUUUUCCCCAAGUUAUUUGGGGGUGGACAGGCAAGUUUGGUUAUGACAGGGCAGGAAAUUUUGGAUGCUGGUGUGCAGGUGCAAGCGCAGCCUCCUGGCAAGAAGAACCAAACCAUCCAUUUGCUAUCGGGUGGCGAGAAGGCGCUUACCGCUAUUGCUUUGGUAUUUGCCAUCUUUCAGCUAAAUCCCGCACCCUUUUGUCUGCUCGAUGAGGUAGACGCGCCACUAGAUGAUAGCAACACCGAACGCUACGCCAAACUGGUGCAAAGCAUGAGCAAAGCGACCCAAUUUUUGUUUAUUAGCCAUAACAAAAUUGCCAUGGAAAUGGCAGAGCAGCUCAUCGGCGUAACCAUGCAAGAACAAGGUGUAUCGCGCGUGGUGGCUGUGGACAUGCAGGCUGCUGUGGCGAUGGCGACAUAG